AUGUUAUCUGUGGCUUUGAAGUUUAAAUCUGUGUUUCCUGUGUAUAAGAAAAGAGAACCUCACUACAAUUACGAACCAUCAUCAGAGGAUUGGAGAAAAGUUGAGAAGAUUUGCAAAUUUUUAAAAGUUUUUAAUCUUGCUACUCAUGUCAUUUAUGGUAAUGAGUAUCCUACUGCAAACUUGUACCUUCCUGAAGUUUGGAGAGUGAAACAAGUAAUUGAUGAUGCUAUUGAAGAUAGAGAUUCCUUCAUGAGAGAAAUGGCAACCUCAAUGAAAGAAAAGUUUGACAAAUAUUGGGGAGAAUGCAAUAUGGUAAUGUCUCUUGCUUGUGUUUUGGAUCCUAGGUGCAAAUUACAUGUUAUUAAAUUCUGUUUUCCUUUAAUUUACAAACCUGAGCAUGUGGCUGCUGAAAAUAUUGAAAAAGUGAAGAAUACAUUGCAAGAAAUGUAUGAUGAAUAUGCUGAAAAAUAUCAUGGUGAGACAAUAAUAAGUGGAGUUAACACUAAUAGUCUAGUUGCUUCUUCUAAUGUGGUUAGUUCUGAAAUUAGUGGAAUUGAUGAAAUGUUGAAUAUAGUUCGAGAAAAAGAAGCCAUUCAUCCAACAAAAUCAGAAUUAGAAGUUUAUCUUGAUGAGAGUGCUUACAUUCCUGAAGGCAAUUCUAAGUCUUUUAGUGCUUUGGAGUGGUGGAAAAACAGUAGCUUGAAAUUCAAGGUUUUAUCUAAAAUGGCAGUGGACAUAUUAGCAAUUCCUGUCUCAACGGUGGCUUCAGAGUCUUCAUUUAGUGCUGGAGGAAGAGUUAUUGAUGAAUAUCGUUCUUGA